GCCGACUCCAGGAGGAGGGGCGGGGAGAGGGCGGGGCGAGCGGCGGCGGAUUGGCGGGCACGCCCCCUCGCCCGCGGCCCCCUCCCCGCCUCUCUCCGCCGCCGCCUCUAGCUCUCCGGUCAGAGGGCCGGAGCGAGAAGAUGGCGAAGACGUACGAUUAUCUGUUCAAGCUGCUGCUGAUCGGCGACUCGGGAGUGGGCAAGACCUGCCUCCUGUUCCGCUUCUCAGAGGACGCCUUCAACACCACCUUCAUUUCCACCAUCGGCAUUGAUUUUAAAAUCAGAACAAUAGAACUAGAUGGAAAGAAAAUUAAGCUUCAGAUAUGGGACACAGCAGGUCAAGAGAGAUUCCGAACAAUCACGACUGCGUACUACAGAGGAGCCAUGGGAAUUAUGCUGGUCUAUGACAUCACAAAUGAAAAAUCCUUUGACAAUAUUAAAAACUGGAUAAGAAACAUUGAAGAGCAUGCCUCCUCAGAUGUUGAAAGAAUGAUCCUGGGUAACAAAUGUGAUAUGAAUGACAAAAGACAAGUGUCAAAAGAACGAGGAGAGAAGCUAGCAAUUGACUAUGGAAUUAAAUUCUUGGAGACAAGUGCAAAAUCCAGUACAAAUGUAGAAGAGGCGUUUUUUACCCUUGCACGAGAUAUAAUGACAAAACUCAACAGAAAAAUGAAUGACAGCAAUUCAGCUGGGGCAGGUGGACCAGUGAAAAUAACAGAAAACCGAUCAAAGAAGACCAGUUUCUUCCGCUGUUCAUUACUUUGAUGAACUCUUUCUGAGAGACUGCAGCACGUCUAGAAGGCCUUUUCCUGCUUCUCUGAAAGCACAGGUCACCCAGCCUCAGAAUCACACCACUGGGCUGCUGCUGAGAGCACCGUUCAACUUAGACCUCUCAACACAGAACGCCACGUGGGUUCCAGCCACAUGGCCUAGCAAAAGAACAGGCUCCUUUUUUUUCAAACAUGGAAGCGAUGAAGUGGAGACACACGCAGGACCUAACUUGUUUUUUCAUUGUUUUAUUGCCUUUUGCAGAAGCUGCUAUCUUUCUUUUUCACUUUGCACAUCAGUGGUAGCCUAUUACAGCACAAUCUUAGCCGUAUAUUUGCACACUUCUGUGUCAUAAAGUUCUAGACAAAUUUGUACAUUUGGGGAUGUUUAAAAGAGAUCAGAAUGCUACUGCCUUGAAAGCAUUUAUGUAAAUGCUUUGAUUUGAGAUUUUCUUAAAUAAGAAUCAUUAAAUUCAUUUUAAAAUUUGGUAAAAAGCCCAUCUAUUCCUCAGAGGUAAUAGUUGCUUUAUUUCUUCAGAUCAUUAAGAGCUUUGCCUCAUUUUUAAACCUUUUUAUGAGCGUCUGAGUGGCUGGAUGAAUCACUAUAAAUUGAUAACCUUUGCCUAAUCUCUGAAAACUUUUUGGAAAUCACCAUAAUCUCACUUUUCCUGGGGUUUGUAUUUGCUGUUCUGUCUCAUGUUUGACUUGUUGUAAUUAUUCACUUAUCUAAAACUAAUAACAUAUUUGAGCAUUGUCAUAUUUCUAUUUGUGUACUUCUUCAGCUGAAAUUUCAUGUAGGCAGAAAAAUGUACCGUUUAGGGUUUUAUUUCAGCAUCUAACUGUGGCUCUGUCACAUAAGGAUAUGUAAAGUAUUUUUUUUUUUUCUUAAGUUUCAUCCCUCAGCUUGCUGGUUUAGUUGUAAUUCCCAAUUUUGCAGACCAUAAGCCCUGUCUGCAAAAGUUAACAAAAGUUAGAUUUAGAUUUUAGUUUGCAGAAAGCUUACCUAUAGGGAGAAUAACUUGUUGAUAUAAAUGUAAUAGAUAGUUCUUGGUAUUGGUAAAAAUAAUGAUUUUUGGUACUGUUUUUAUUUGAAUAAGUAUUUUUUUAAUGAAAGUAAUUAGACCUAGCACAGCUUCUAGGAAAAGUCUUGCCUUUUCAUUAGGAAAAUGUGAUCAAGGUUUCAGUUUUAAAACAUCCAUUUUUGAAUGUUGUAGAACCCAUUUCCAUCUGUUUAGGUUCAUUGUUACGGAACUUAGUCUAGUCCUUUGUGCCAAAGCCAACCAAAAGCUUAGUUGCCUUUCUCACCAAACACUGGUACUGGUAUACAUUUUAUAGAUGAAACCAUCGUGUAAGAAAUAAACGUAUUUGGUGUUAACUUAUGUGCCAAAUUCAGAUCACUAUGUCAUUGCUUUUACUCUAGCCCUCAGUGCCAUAACACAGAAGGCAAUAAGACAGAGGUGGUCAGGGGAAUGACUUCUAUUACUUAUUCUUCCUCUUAUGCCUAAUUUGCUUCGCAAAGGCUGCUAUCAUGCUUGAUAGUUUAGAACAGGAGAUGGAAAUCUAAAUGGAUUGCUUGUUACCUACCACAGAGAAUUCUGCUUCAAAUUAAGAUAUGUCCUUAGAAUACUCGGACCAGCCAACCUUUACUACUUGUUAGAACACUUAGGAACAAUUUAGCAGCUGCAGAUAUGCCAGAGCUGUUUUUGAUGAAUCUGCCAAACUUACUGUUGACAAAUGUUAGCCUUCUUAAUAAUUUUAUACUUACCCAUUGCUGUCCCAGGAUAGUGAUUCCAUGAUUGAAACUUGAUUAUAAAUCUACUGUCUUCAAAGUUAUAUACAUUUUUCAAAAAGAAAAAAAUAACUUCUUAGAAAUAUCUUGUUCUCACUAAUUUUCUGAAAAAAUUCCAAGCAGUUAAGCUUUCUGGAUGGUAAUAAAGUACUUUCUAAAAGGCAAGUGCUAUGACACCAUGUAUGAAUGUAAUUCUCUUAGUAAUUUACCUCUGACUAUUUGGUGUCUUAACACUUUGGUUUAUAUCUCAGGGGUUGUCUGCAAACCAAAACUGACAUAUUCUGUGGUUAGCUUUUUUAUUUAACAGAAUGCUUUGCUUUUGUUCUGUUUCCUCUCUUCUUUUGUCUUAUAUGGGUUAAUAACUAGUCUCCAUGAACUUCCCUUUGAAAGAGCCUGUAAAAAAGUUAGAUGAGUCUAAAAGUGCUCUUUGAAGUAGCGGCAAAUUGGGAGUAUAUGCUCUGUUAUAUAAAAAUAAAUUGUCCUUGCUAUUUUCUUACAUUUAGCUUUGCUAAAUUGUAUAUAAAUUGAGCUAAAACCAUAGGAAAUUCACUUUCUGCAUGGUAAAAUGACCCAAUAAAUAUUCCACUUUGCUUAAUAAUGUACAUAUAGUGCAUUAUUUUUUCUAUCUGUAGAUGAAUUUAGUGACAGAUCAUUGUCUGUUUCCUGCUGAAACUGAGAAAUCUAGUUUUUUUGUGAACAUUUUUGUAGUCUUAUGGAUAAGGUACAUGAAGAGUUUUGCAGCAGUUUAAUGGUGCAACGGCUGCACUUUAUUAUCAAUGUGCUAAUUUUUGACAGUGAUUGGACUAGACCUUUUCAAAUAGACUGAGGGUAUCAGACAGUGAAAAUGUGCUGUAACUAAGUAGCAUGUGAGUCAGUUGAUUGUAAAAUGUUUCACUGGGAACUUAUUUUAGCUAUAUUUUACUUCAGGCAGAUUAUGAUAAAAUAAUCCACCUGUGCAUCAGUUAGUAGGUGCUACAGGGUUUCUUACUACUUACAUGAACAUUUUGUGCAGUCUUUGUUAUAAAUUUUCAGAAGACUAUACUCUUUACUUUGAAGGACUAUUUUUUAAUUAUACCUCAUUUAGCUAACUAGUAUUCUAAUACCUGGUAGAAAACGGUGAGCCAGCCUUUAACCAUCCAACAAAAUUUAGAUCAUAUGUUUUGUUUUGAGCUGAAGGUAUCUUAGAGAAAGAUAGAAGAUAUCUUAGUUUAGAAUAGAACAUACACGUCAUAUCCAGUAGAGUAAAAAAAAGUAUUAUCUCCUUGUUUUCAUUAAUAAAUUUAGCUGUGCAAUAUAGAUACAUUUUUACAGAAGUUUCUAAGUAAGAGAUUAUAACUCCAUUUUACAGGUUCUGAAUGCUGAGAGUCUGUAUUAAGGCUUAUAAAUUUUUCCCUGUGAUCAGUAAGUGAUACAUUUAAGCAUUCUUUUCAAAUUCAUGACUUAGAUUCCUUUGCAAGUUUAGUUCUUAAUCUUUAAAAAAAAGAGCUUCUAAGCUUAAAAAUUUAAAACCACAUUUCAAUGUGUUGGUUUACUCAUCUCAAAUUUUAAGCACUCAUUUCUGCAAUCAGGUUUUUUAGAAUUUAUUUUUUAAACAGAAAACACAUUCCUUUUUCAUUCUUGUUACAUGGGGGGAAGGGGAUGGGUGAGUGGGGGUGGAAGAAGGGAAUAUCUAAAAGUGAAAUCCCUUGACAUGUAGAGGGACCUGGAAGGGCAGGAUAGGUUAAUAAAAUUUCACAUUCUAGCAUAAGUUUAGAGUAGAGUCGAUCUUUCUUUUAGACUAAUAAAAUUAAUGUGAUAUUCAGUAUGAAAAAAAUCUAAAUUGAAAUGUACAGAAAUGAAAAUUAGCAAACAAAUAUUUUCAGAUUUACUUCAUUUCUUGAAAUGCAUGUGCCAUACUCAACUGCAUUUCUUGCUGCCAAGAACUAAUAGAACUCAUUUCAUUUUCUUACCUUUUUUGAAAAUGUGAAUUUAAUUAUUAUAGGCCUUACAGAUGGAUUUUAUUUUGUUUGCAGCUGACACUGCAGUUCCUUUAAUGCAAAAUACCUUAAACUAUUUGACAAAAAUCAUGCCCCUAAUGGAGAAUAUCUAGUUUUUCCAUAGAAUUAUCGUAAUUUAAACAUACUUUAUUUUUGCUCCAAUGGCUUGAUGUGAAAAGCUCCUGCAGAUAAAGUGGACCUGUCAUGUGUUUAAUCUUGUUUAAGCCAGUUCAUUAACUGUGUACUGAUACUGAUGCUGUGUUUUUGUUUUUGUUUUUUAAAAAGUGGAUUUUAUUCCAGGUGAACUUUUUUUAUUUACAAUAAUGUUCGUCUAAAAUAAAAACUACAUAAUGAAAAU